AUGGCUGCACCGAUGGACACUGACCCACCGACCCUCCCACCGCUCAAAGUAUGGGUUAUGAGCAUGAACAGACACGUGACCACAGAUGUAUGUAUUUCUGCUUGCAUUACUACCACCGCCAGCCCACCGAUGAUGCACUCGAAUGGCUCCUCUCCACUCGUCAGCCAGCUGGCGGAAAUUGUACGAGGACUAAACAAGAUUGAGGACGAGGAUGUGCGGAAAACAUGCUUGAACAAACCUACCCGCGAUGAAUGUAUCCGUUCUAUGAUCAGCAAACUGUAUCCUAUCAUUGUAAUGCAACAUAAACUGUCUCGAUAUCGCUUCAAACGCGCCAAGAGCUCCACUGGCAAAGAGUAUUUUCAAUCUCAAGAUCCCAAUUAUGUGCUGGGAUACUCGGUUGCGGACACCGGAUCCCUUGUUGGCAUGGCAUGGGCCACUGGUUCCCCUUCGCAGGUCGUCAACAUUGGUCUCGAUGUCAUGAAGUUUUCGAUACCAAGAAAUACGACAGUCACCGACUUCUUCGAAUCCCAAAAGCACAAGUUGACAGAACGAGAACAACGGGACGUGCUCUCAGGAAACUCAGACGAGACGCUCUUGCGUCGUAUCCUCAUUAUACUCACAAUCAAGACUGCUUACAUCAAAGCAAUUCAGCAACCCCCUGGCUUUGACUAUCGUCGGAUGGAGUGCUCUCUGCCCACGCAACAGUUUAGAGUAGACAACCAUGAACUGCUUGGCUGGGAGAUUCGAAUGUUCAAAGCCAAUCUCGGUAUCCAACGCAAGGAGGCCCUCGUGGAGGAGGUUUACCAAUGCUGCGCGAUGAUCCAUCGAGGAGGUCGGGUGAACAGGGUUUACUGGAAUGAUAAGGAAGGCGAAGCCACGGAGAUGCUCAACUUCCUCAAAGUUGACCAAAUCGUACGCGCGUACGAUGGGCUGGGCGUAAGGAAUGGACAAGCAAGCAGCAGUGCCGGAGGACGCACACGUACGCACGCACAACAGCAACAACAGCAACAGGCCGCGCAAGCUCAAGCUCAAGCGACGGUGACACAUUCGCAGCAUUUGCAAGCAGCACCGCAACAGCAGCAGAUACAUCAACUUCACCAUCACCAGCAGACUGUUCCGGUGCACGUUGGUCCGCAGGUCGGUAUGCCGAUGCGGAGGAUUGUCCAAGCGGAUGCACCCAGACGAAGCUCUGAGGAUGCACGUAUGCAGGCGGGCGUGAUGCACUAG